AUGAGCGAAGUUGAAAACGACAAGACCCAGCCAGAUAAUAGCGUUGAUGUAAUAAUACCACCAAAAAUUAUUAUAAACAAUAAGGAAGAGGAACAAGGAAAUGAUAUUAAACCGAUUGUAGCCCAAAAAAAGGAUGAAGUAGACACAGAAAAAGUGGAAUCAAUAUCAACUGAAAAGAACGCUGCUUUAAACGAAACGGCAGAGAAUUCUAAGGAACAAACUCAGAUUGAAGAAAAUAAAAACAAACUUGAUUCAAUCAAUGAUACAGAAAAAGAAAAGAAAUUGCAUGGAAUGACAGAACUGUUGAAGACAAAUAAUGAAGAAGUUGCCAAAAAAACAGAAGAGGUAUUGGGUGAAAGGGAUGAAAAACCAAAUGAAUCUAUUGAACAAUUAAAAACGAAAAAAUUGGACCAAACCGUGGAACAAGGAAAAGAGUCCCCAUUAUUGCCACCUAGACCGCAAAGGGAAUGUAUACACCAGGCAAAAGAGGGACAAGAAGAGCCUUCUAGUCCCCCCUUACCACCAAGGCACCCGGGAUCAAUCCAAAGACAACCUUCGAUAUCUUCAAGCGUAUCAAAUGGGUCAGGUAGAAGUCACAAAUCUCAUUUUAGGAACAGAUCAGUUAUUCAGAUACAUACAGGGCCAGCACCGUUAUCUGAAGAAGUGAAACCACCCAGGUUUUUAAAGAGUUUAAAAAUCGUCAGUGCGAAGCCGCCCACAACUUCUUCUGGGAGUUCACAUAGUAAUACUUCUUAUAACAGUAGUGGAACUGGAUCUGCUAAUAGAAAUAUUUCCAGUACAUCUGAUUAUGAUAUGAUUAUUAGUAGAAUGGCAGAAAAUAACAAAGACUUAAUGUCCCAGAGUGAAAAUACAAAGGAGAGCUUGUUAGAAAGUGCCACCAUUUUGAAAACAAACUAUAAAGACAUUUUGGAAAGCCUGUCAUCCAGUACUCGAGGUGGUUCCAUUGGUGGAGGUAAACCUAAACAUAAACAUACUGCUUCUUUUUCUAGCACUAGUAGUCCGUCGAAAAAUAACAACAAUAAGAAUAUGAGCAAAGACGAUCUGUCAUCCAUGGUUUCUACCGAAUUAGAACAAAGGGAAAUGACAGAAGACUGGCCCUUUUGGACACGAGUGGUGGAUAACUAUAAGCAAGUUGCAGUUAGCGAACCUGAAAAAUUGGAAGAGGAAAUUUCGAACGGUAUUCCAACCCAAGUUCGUGGCAUUAUUUGGCAACUAAUGACUAAUUCUAAAUCAAAGGAGAAUGAGCUGUUAUAUAAGGAUUUUGUUGAGCAACAAUCUCCGCAUGAAACUUCGAUUAAAAGGGAUUUAAGUAGAACUACAUUUAUUCCCAAGGAUAAAUUGGAUUCUUUAUUUAACGUAAUAAAAGCUUAUUCUAAUUUUGAUAAGGAGGUUGGUUAUACACAGGGAAUGGCUUUUAUUGCCACACCAUUAUUACUAAACGUAGACGAAGAAAGUGGGGCAUUUGGAUUACUAAUUAAAUUGAUGAAGACUUAUAAUAUAAGAUCAAUGUUUUUGGCUGAUAUGCCAGGAUUGAUGUUAAAAUUAUAUCAAUAUGAUAGGAUAUUAGAAGAAACUUCACCACAGUUAUAUAAUCAUUUAAUAAGACAAGGUGUGCGUUCUGACAUGUAUGCUACCCAAUGGUUUUUGACAUUUUUUGGUUACAAAUUUCCAUUACAAUUUGUUUUGCGUAUCUUCGAUAUUGUUUUUGCUGAAGGUUUGGAAUCUUUACUGAAAUUUGCCAUUGCAUUGAUAAUAAAAAAUAAAAAUCAAAUAUUAAAUUUGAAUUUUGAUAAACUAUUGGAUUUUUUAAAAAAUGAUUUGUUUAAUGCAUAUAUUAUUCGGAAUACCUGUGUUGAUUUCGAUAAUAUGCCUGUAGAGGAAGAACCUAAUAAUACUGAAACAACAGAUACAACCAAAAAAAGAUUGUCUCAACUAUUUAAAAUUGAGAGUUUUUCUUCCAGUAAAGGAGGUGUGCAUUCAAACAAUAAUAAAAAUGAUGCUGCCACUACCCAACCAUUGUAUGAUGUAGACUCCUUUGUUAGCGAUGCCAUGAAAAUUAGAAUUAUGCCAAUUUCAUUAAAAAGAUAUGAGGCUGAAUACGCAGAAAUACAUAAAAUAGAAUUUGAAAAGGAGGCGCAAUAUGAGGAAAUGAGAAUUAAAAACAAACAAUUACAGCUUGAAUUGCGUAAAUUACAAGACGAUUAUACUACACUAAACAGAGAACAUAUCACUAUUGCUAACGAACUAAUUCAAAAUAGAUUAAAAAUUGAAACAUUGCUGGAUCACCAACACGGGUUAGAAGAUGAGGUGAGUCAAUUAAAGGAGGAAUUAAAAAGACAAACGGAAUUGAACACACCUAAUCCAGAUGCAAGCUUGCCUACUGACCUAAAGGAUGAUCUAGAAAGGGCAAUGCGAAAAAAUAUAGAUGUGAUGAAUAUUAAUCAAGAAUUAGAAAUGAAGGUUUUACAGUUGCAAAAAACUGUGGCAGCCUACAAACCCGUUAAUAAUGUGAAUAGUACCGAUAGGGUUUCUGAAGAUGACGAUAUAAACGAAAAAACUUUGGGUAGUCGGCCUAAAGAAGGGCAGUUUUUGGCCAAAGCUGAAAAAAGAUUAUCAGGUGGAGCAUGGAAAUUCAAAAAUGUAUGGAAAUAA